AUGGCACCACUUUAUCCCUUGACGACUUAUGGAAAAGUGAAGUUUUUUUACUAUUGUGCAUCAUUUACACUUUGGUUUUGUUGCUUUUGCAGGUUCCUUAUAUUGUUACCAUUGGUUGGUAGAAGAUUUCUUCCAGGAGGAAUGGCAGAUUUCUUCCACGUAGUAUCAGCACUACCACUAAUCGGUAAUGUGCUAAAUAUGCAAUCAUCUGGAUGGAGGGGCUCGAGCUUUUACUGGUCCUACUUCAACUCCCUCAAGAUGAUAGCUCUUUGCUACUUGGUGAUUUUUCCACAUCCCAAGAUUGCGAAACAUACGUCAUACUCUUUCCUUAUCCUGUCAUGGUCAGUAUCCAAUAUAAUCCAUACUGCGUACUAUGCUUUCAAGACCAAGACCCGCACAUCUCCACAAUUCCUCUUCUGGUUGAAGUAUCACCAUUUUUAUGUAACAUUUCCUUUAGGACACCUCGCUGAGAUGGUACUUUUGUUCUUGAGCUUAAUAUUUGUAGAGGAUGAUCUGUGGUUUGAAUUGAUUUUGAAGGGCAUAUUAUUGAGUUAUAUUCCCAUAGGAUAUUUCUACUGGGGUCAUUUAAAGAAUAAAAAGAAGAAGAAAUAUGAUAAGAUUAUGGAGAAAAGGGUGCAUGACAAAACAAGCAACCCACCUGGAUCGACCUAA